ACUUGGCACCUCUUUUGUGAAGCAGCAGCUGAGGAGACUCCAGCACUCACCAUGGCCAACAAAAAGCCCACGGAAGGAGUCAAGACUGAGAACAACGAUCAUAUUAAUUUGAAGGUGGCUAGGCAGGACGGCUCUGUGGUGCAGUUUAAGAUUAAGACGCAUACACCACCUAGUAAACUAAUGAAAGCCUACUGUGAACAACAGCAUUUGUCAAUGAGGCAGAUCAGAUUCCUAUGUGACAGGCAGCCAAUCAAUGUAACAGACACACCUGCACAGUUGGAAAUGGAAGUUGAAGAUACAACUGAUGUGUUCCAGCAGCAGACAGGGAGUGUCUACUAA